CCGUCGAAUUCUUUUAUAGGAUUAUUUUUAUUUUUUAUAUUAAAAAAAAGAAUAAAGAAACGAAAACUAAUUAUUAACUAUAAAAAACUUAACGAAAUUAUAAAAAAGAAUUACUAUCCUUUAUUACUUAUUGCUAAGCUUAGAAACUUAUUUUAUAGAGCUAACUAG